AUGUCACAAUUGAGCUCACCUACCAUGAUAGCAAGUGGUUGGAGCGGAGCAGAGAGUAUACGGGUAGGAGAGCAGACGAGCAGUAAUAGGAACGAGUCGGCGAGGAACACUAUCAUUGGAUCUGGCGUAAGAGAAUAUGUUGCAGACGUUGAGAUAGGGACAAUGACGACACCGAAUACGCAAAUGGGCACUUCAAGGGCGACUGCCGUAGAUUCGACAAUGGAUGAAACAAUGGGUACAAUAAGUACAACAUCGUAUACAAGAUCGCUCGUUACAACUGAUGAUGAUGAUACAUCAUUUCAUGUCACACCCGGAGCAUCAUCACCGACUAUUAUUACUUCACGCACAACUCUUCCGCCCCUCUCAAACAAUUCAAUGACAAUUUCUCGGUCAGCCUCGAUUUCAUAUCAGCGAGCACUUCCAAAGGUAUCCAUGCUCCAGAUAGAACCCAUGACUCGUCGCCUUACGGUUAAUCUUGGCCAACAAGGCCGCAGCAUCGUGGUUCGUGAUACAGAUGCUGGUGGGACGGAUCACGUGGUUAAUGUCGUAUCUCUUCGCCCCCAAACUCCGACUAGGUCGAGAAUGCCUGGCUUGAAGAGAAAACUACUAUUCUGGAAGGGCACGACAACUUGA